UGUGGACAGAAAGAAUUAGCGAGUGCAAAACAAGACAUCUGUGUAUUUUCUGUGUCUGUCCGUCUAAUAUAAGCUGUAUUCUACAGUGAAUAGAAAUGGCAUUGAGCAAAGGUGAAACGAAAGCAAAACCAAGUGAGAGCAAAAGGAAAAGUCGAAGGAGUAGUGUCUCAUCAUCAUCCAGUAGUAGUAGCAGUAGUGCUCGUACUCGCAGCAAAGAGGCAGAAGCAAAGACUGCAAAUAAACGGUCUGCGUCAUCAUCAUCAUCGUCAAGUUCUAGCUCUUCUUCUGGUAGUUCAUCAGAUGCCCGGUCACAUUCCAGAUCUAGUUCAUCUUCAUCAUCAUCGUCGUCUUCUUCCAGGUCAUCUGGUUCACGAAGAGUUAGUGGUCGUGGAAAGAGAAAUUUGGCAAGAACACCAACUCCUAAACGAAGACGCAAAAGUCCAUCACCUAGAUUAACAAAAAUACAAGUUAGUCGUCUCACAAGAAAUGUCACCAAAGACCACGUAGAGGAGAUAUUUGGUACAUAUGGUCCUUUGAGAAAUGUGGACCUUGUGAUUGAUCGUGAUCGACCUCAUCUAUCUCGUGGUUUUGCUUUUGUAGAAUUUGCAAAUCCUGAGGAUGCAGAGAAAGCUUUAAAAUAUAUGGAUGGAGGGCAAAUUGAUGGCCAAGAAAUAAAUGUUUCACUUGUUCAAUAUCAUCCUGCACCACAAAGGUUUCGCCCUCCACGUCCUUCUCCAAUGGCAGUGCGGAGAGCUCCACCUCCAUGGAGACGAUCACCUCCUGGACGUAUGAGGGAAAUGAGGGCUAGGAGAAGAUCCCCUCCACGAUACAGGAGGAGAUCAAGAUCACAUUCUAGAUCUCCUAAUAGAAGACGACAGAACCGUUCAAGCAGCAGUUCUUCUAGGUGAUUUUGAACGUGCUCACUUUAUUGAUAAGGGUGAACUGUUACUCACAGUUUGUUCACUGUUAAUAAACUUUUCAAUAUGUUUUCUUGCUGCCUUUUCCUUUCAUUACUGAUGUAACAUUCGAAGUUUCAUAAAUUGGUAACGUACAUUUUAUUGAAAAUAAAGCUUUAAAAAUA